CUCCUGUCAUCCCCAGUGCCACGUCCCCACCACAUCACCAUGGCUCUGACACAGUUUACUCACUGAUGUGGCCACUGAGCCAUGUGAGGGUGCUCGCUCCAGCCCUGCGUGCAGCACAGAUGAAAAGGCAAAUUGAUGUUCUCCUGUCAGGGUGGAUCAGUGGGAUUCCUGAGAAGCAUUCCAGCAAUGCUUCCUCUCUCACAGAGCAGCCUUGCCUUGUGUUUCCUCGGCCUCUUUCUGCCAAAAGAGAGAGGUCUUAGCUUGCAGCAUCCUGGCACUGCCCCCCAGAGAUGCUGCCUUCCCCUGCCCUGUGCAGGGGGCUGUGUUUAUCCAUUCCCCUCGGGCUUCAGGAGCACCUCAGCACCUGUGCCCUGGCUGGAGGGUGUCGGGAGAGGCUUUCUGCAGGGUACUUCCCACUUUAGGUAGAGUGGUUCCUCAUCACACUCUGUUGAACUGAUUUGUGUCUGAAUUGCUCUAUUCCCUUUCUGAUUUCUCCUUCCAACUGACAUUCACUUUAAUUGGGAUAAACAUGACAGAUCCUCCUGUGACAGACUUCUGUGUCAGCGCUCUGCGGUUCCUCAUGCCUGCCUGCUCCCAUCUUGACCUUCCGCUCCAGGAGGAAGUUCACAGACUGCUGUUUGUUUGGGGCUGAGGCACUAAGCUGAAGCCAUCCCCUUUGCAAACCAGAGUAAAACCCCAUGUGGGAGUCACAGUGCUGAUGUUGGGUCACUCUAAAUCACUGCUGUGUCCUCAGCGGAUGGAAGAUCUUCCUUCAGCCACUGACACAGUCAGGAGCUCUCUGGGGUGUAACACAGUCCUGAGGAUUUCCAUGAUGAGGAGAAAGUCUGUGCUGGGGGUCCCAACCACUGCACUGCACUGGGCAGCUGCUCAUCCUUCCCAGGACCCAAACGUGGGAAACAGGGAAAUGACAAGUCACAUCUGAUGGUGAUGUAAUAGUGAUAACACAGCAUGGAUGUGGCUUGAAAAAUUCCCCAGCAACUCAACCAAAGUGGCUCUUUGAAGAAAUGCUUCUGUCUGUUUUCAGGUAACUGAGCUGCCCUCGAAAUCCUCAUGCAGCAAAUGCCUUUGUAGGCACCUUCCCUGUACGUGUUCCAUCCAGAGCCUCUACCUCUGAGCCACUUCUCCCAGCCAUCCUCUCACUCCAAGGGUGGGAAGGAUGCACUGUGAAUUUCCAGGCGGUGGCAGGAAUGCAUCUCCAAGGAAGAUGAGGUGGCUGGAGUGGGAAGCUUCUCAGCACAAAGCAGGUUUGCCAUCCUUAGCCACUUUUUGAAUUUAGAUCUUGCUGUUACUUGUUUUGGCUCAGCACCAGUCAGCUGGGAAGGAAGGAGUUACUUGGUGAUCCAAGGGAAAAGCCACAGCUUCCUCUUGCUGUGGCAAGGCAUUGAGAGAGAAGGGGAUUCUGGAGAUUUGUUCUUUCUGCUCUUUCCAAGGGGCAUAUUGGAAGAAAGCCAGGGAAGUGGAUUUGCUUUGUGUAUUUGGGUUUCUGAAACUUUUAGUGGAAGCAUUUAGUUCUGGGGGAAAACAGCAUUGUCGCUCAAAAACCCAUAGCUGUGAGAAAAAAAAAGAAGGUGGUUUGGGUAGGAAAUUAGACACUUCUGCUUGAGAAAACAAACUAAAGCAGCCCAGCUCAAGCUGGCAGCCCAGCUCCAGUGUCAGAGAGCAGCAGUGCAGGGGGUUGGAUGUCUGUCCAUCAUCCCAGUCUAUCAAAACAGGGAAAGCAACCUGGCAUCCCAGCCAGUCCAUCAACAGGGGUUGACCUGCACUCAUUCUGCCCCAGUCCCUGCAUUCCCUGCUCUGGCCAGGCUCUCUCAAAACUCUCCAAAAUCCUUUGGGCUCUGUGCAGAAGGGCCUUUGGUCCUUGCUGGGAUGGGCAUAAUGGUGGAGGAACCUGCUGCAUUUUGGCAUUUUCCUGGGAACCCAGUGACUAUUUCAGAAAAAAAGCAUAGUCUCCGUCAUGGAACACCCCAGGAUGAGUCAUGAGCCCUGGGUGAAGGGGAGGAAGCAACUGUCUUAAAAAGAAAAUAUCCAGUGUCUGUGGGUAAGCACUGCCCAAAGAAGUGGCAGGAGAAGACAGCUUGGAAUCUUGGAAUGCUCUUUGGACAUCCAUGUGCAGGUGGGCCUGGCUUCAUCCUGAAGAAUUUUUUGUGAAAAACCACAGGGAAAAUUCCACCUCAGAAGCAAGAAGCUGGAAAAUGAGGAUUUUCUUGGUUUGGACCCUUUUCCUCGUGAGAGCCAUGAGCACAGGUGGCCAGGCAGUGACAGGCCCCAGGCAGGUGACAGUUGAGCAGGGCAGCUCGCUGGCAGUGUCCUGUAGCUACAAGCCACGCUACAAGUUCAACUCCAAGUAUUGGUGCCGCAAGAACUCCCUCCAGGUUUGCUUCACCUACAUCAUCCAAACCGAUGGCUCAGAGGUAACAGUGACACAGGACAGGCUGUCCAUCAGGGACAACCACACAGCAAAUUCAUUCAGAGUGACACUGAGCAGUGUCACACUGGAGGAUGCAGGCCAGUACUCCUGUGGGGUGAAGAGGAGACUGGGGAUCAACCGCUGGCACAGCACCAAGGUGAUGGUCUCUGCAGGUAAAACAGGGCUGGAAGCAAAGUUGGCAAUGAACUUCCCCCUUUUUCCUCUUCCUCCUCUGCAGUGCUCAGGGUAUUGCCCAGACACCUCCGUAUUCACACUAUGCACCUUCACUGCUGAAGUCUCAGGGCAGAGACUCCUGUGCAGGGUGCAGGACAGAGGGUGUGGGGGUCUCCACUUUGCUCUGACUCUCUUUUCUCUGACAGCUGUUUCAAACACAACAGAGGACAGCAAUGUGAGCCUGUUGACCACCAACCCUCUGUGCCCCAGAGGCUGUGGGGAGCCUCCAGUGCUGUCCCAGCUCAGUGUCAUCCACUUACUGCUUCUUCUCAGCAUCAAGGUGCCCAUAGCAUUGGCUGUGAUUUGUGGAGUGGCCUGGGUGAGGAGCUGGCGCAGGAGCCAUGACCAGGAAAACCUGCAGGUCUUGGAGGUGUCUAGCAGCACCAGGGCACGAGGCUGCCCACUCAUCCCAACCAUUUCUGAGCCCCAGGGAUGCCCUCCUGUCCCCAUGGUCCCCACCCUGCUGGGGCCGAACCACCCCUCACGGCCACCCUGUGCCAGAAGGUGUUUGGCUCCAGGUACUUCUGCCCCUGGAAAGCCUGAGCCUCUCCUGGCAGCCUCUGCACUGGAAAGGGAAGAGUUUGGGGUGCAGAGACCCUGUGUCUGUUGAGCUGCAGCUGCCAACUCAAGACAAUUUUGCAAUAAAGGCUGGGUAUCCUGCAGGACCUUGUCUGCUAGUCUGUCUGUCUGCUCCUUCCUUCAGCUGCCAGCACUGCCCCAGAUGCCCAUGGCAGCUGAUGCUGAUGCAGAGCAUUGUGGCUGGGU